CUGGAGUUUUCACCAAAUAUAUUAAAACAAUGUCAAGUUUUGAGCAGUUUCACAUCGACUUUUACCAGUCUAAUUAUACCAUAGAGGACCAGGAAGAAGGUUGCAACAGCUAUGGCUCAGACAAAAACCCCUGUGAAAGCAGAAAGCGCCAGGCAGAGGAGCAGCCUGCAGGCGGGGCGUUUGUGCCAUCAGACAUGCUGCUGUCCCCGCAGCAGAGCUACUCGGGCAGCAUCCUGCAGCCAGCCUGCAGCCCCGACGCUCCUUCCCAGCUGGGUUACGUUGACGGAUUUGACGAGGAACCUCCUUUGCUAGAAGAACUUGGGAUCAAUUUUGAGCAUAUAUGGCAGAAAACAUUAACAGUUCUAAACCCAAUGAAGCCUGCAGAUGGCAGCAUUAUGAACGAGACAGACCUCACUGGACCUAUGGUUUUCUGUUUGGCCCUUGGAGCAACAUUGCUGAUGGCAGGGAAAGUUCAUUUUGGCUACGUGUACGGGAUGAGUGCCAUCGGGUGCCUUGGCAUGCAUGCCCUGCUGAACCUGAUGAGCGUCUCGGGAGUCUCUCCCGGCUGUGUUGCAAGUGUGCUGGGCUACUGCCUGCUGCCCAUGGUCCUCCUGUCCUCUGCUGCAGUUCUCUUCUCUCUGCAGGGGACCCCAGGAACUGUGUUAGCCCUGUUUAUUAUUGGAUGGUGCAGUUUGUCAGCCUCCAAAAUUUUUACGUCUGCACUGGCUAUGGAAGGACAGCAGCUCCUGAUUGCAUACCCAUGUGCUUUACUUUAUGGACUUUUUGCACUUCUAACAGUUUUCUGAGAUGUAUUUUCUGGCAGUCUUCUCACAGUCUGUUUAUGGUUGUUGGAGGGACAAGGGUUUGUUUACUUAUUUUCGGAUUGCCUAGAGUUAAGUUCCAUUAACAAAAUUAGAUUCUCUUAUUUACUGUUUAUUUCUUAAUGGCUGAUAAUGAAAUAAAAAAUCAAGCUAACAGGUAGAUAGCCUUAAAAUAAUGGUGUUUUGACAGUCAUACAGCUUAAAGAAAAGAAAUUAUAUUGAGAAGGUAGUAAAA